CUAAUACAUCGGUUUUCAGUUAUACUUGUUCUUCAUUUAUUCAGACUUCCUACAAUAAAUAUAGUCAUCACUCAUAAGCUAAGGAUGAAUAUAAUUUAAGGUAAGUAAUGUGUGUAUUGUAUAUGCAUUUUUUUUUUAGGACUAGCUAUAUUGCUCACUUUAUAUAUGAGAGUGUAAACAUGUUAUUUGAAAAUGCAUAUAAAAGCCUGAUAAAUACGUACAUAUAAUACUGUAUAAGUAGGGCCCUCCUGUAUUCUUUGAAAAAUUAUAUAAACCUUAAGCUGAAAAAAUUUUCUUUAAGAGUUAAUUUUUUAUUAUUCACAGUUUCUGCUUUCAUGGGACCUCUAGGAAGGUACAUCUAAUAAAUUUCUAGAGAUGACUAUACAUUAAUGUGAUAUUGUAAGAAUAUCUUUUACUGCAAAUCCCUUUAACUUAUACACUUCAAGUCACCCCAGUUACUGAUGGGUUUGGGCACUCAAGGCGUUGACAAAAAGAGUCCAGCCUCCAUUGCCUGUCUGCUCGCGGCACAUGGCGCCGACCUCAACAUCAAGAACAAGAAAGGACAAACUCCACUCGACCUCUGUCCAGAUCCCAACUUGUGCAAGGCUCUCACCAAGUGCUAUAAGGACAAAUCGAUUUCUGGUGAUAUGGGUGCACUAGAAGUGUGUGCAGAAGAAAGCCUGGAAGAGUGUAUGGUGUGCUCAGACACAAAGCGGGAUACACUAUUUGGUCCUUGUGGACACAUUGCCACAUGCUCCAUCUGCUCCCCACGGGUUAAGAAGUGCCUCAUGUGUAAGGAACCAGUACAGUCCAGAACCAAGGUAAAACAACUCAUAUACAAUUACUCUAAAUUGUGUAGGCAAGUAAAAUAAUUUAUAAACUAUCUA